ACUGCUGCACAUAAUCCACAAAUUGAGCGACUUGAUAUUCUUUAAUCACAUUGCAUAAUUCACUGACAAUACAGCGAGAUAAGUAACGUCUCUAUUCAUCCGUAAUACCUAAGAGAAAUAAAUCUGUCUCGUCGUAGUCAUGGUCGUAGCAACAGUCAAUUUCGGAACGUACUCUGAUACAUUCAGAAGUUGUCCGAAGUUGUCCUAGUAUAGUGCAAUUUACCAUCUAGAUUAUACCCAUGCUGUAUAGGUGUCAGUGGAGAAGGUUUUGUAUUUUGUCAUCGUUGUCAUCUGAGUACUGUCAAAGUUCCUUGCCGAAGUAUACCCUUGUCACGGAAGGGCCUAGAGCACAGCGGUGAACACUAUGGGCGACGGCAAGGAGGGCGAACGACAGCCCUUGCUCAAAAAUGAUAACGUCACCUACAGUUCCCACGGGAGUGAUGUUAUAGAUGAAGCACAGUCAACGGUGAACACAGUUUCGCCGAUCGGACCAGAUGAAUUACCACCGCCCUAUCAAUCUGCGAACCAGAGUGGUGUACCGAUGGUCACUUGUAGAGUUUGUCAAGCAAUGAUUGACAUAUCCGGCAAGCGUGAUCAGCAUGUUGUCAAAUGUUGUCAGUGCAAUGAAGCGACCCCCAUAAGGAAUGCCCCACCAGGAAAAAAGUAUGUACGCUGUCCAUGUAAUUGUUUAUUAAUAUGUAAAAGUUCAUCACAGCGUAUUGCUUGUCCAAGACCAAAUUGCAAGCGUAUAAUCAACCUUGCACCAAGUCCAGUUACACCACCUGUACUCUCCAUGCCUGGAAUGUGCAGGGUUUGCUGUGCUCAUUGCCAUGAUACAUUUUUGUUUAAUACACUUAAUAACGCUCUAGCCCGAUGUCCACAUUGCCGCAAAGUAUCUUCCGUUGGUCCAGACUUUGCUAGAGGUCGAGGCAUUGCAUUUAUAGUCAUUGGAAUAGUUGCAUUAAUCAUUGGUAUUGCCGUGACAGCUGGCACAUAUACACUGGUGAGAACAAACGGUGGGAUCUACGUGGCGUACGUCGGAGCAUUUUUAAUAGCGCUUCUAUGCCUGGGUAGAAGCGUCUACUAUUGUACAAUGAAGAUCAGUCUGAUAGAAGGUCCCAUGUAGAUGUCCUUCCAGCCUCUUAUUCCUCAGGCGACGUCCUUUCAGGAAAGCCGAUUCUUAUAAAAACGCCGCCGCGUAAUCGAUUUAGAACAAACCUUUUACAGUAACAUAGCAUACAUUGCUGGUAGGCAUAUGUGCACGCGCAUAUUUUCGUGUACAUUACAUUUGUAUUUACACACGACGUGGAUGCACGUGCGUACAAACUUGUUUUUCAAUCUAUUUGCCCAUACAAGUAUCUGUAUCAAGAAUAAAAAAUAAUAUUCCAACAAA